AUGCGACUGCUUAAAACCCCUUUGGGGGUAUAUAAGUUACAAUCCUUUGGCAAUGGUCAGUGGUUGCAGGACAACCGGCAGGCGAGCUACGAGGCGGAGGACGCGCGAGCGCGGGGGCGCGGAGGCGUCUACUACUCGCCGCCGGGCACCUCCUACACCAUCGUGGAGCGACCAGCCUCCUCGCAUGGCCACCACGCCCCCUACUCGCACCAUCACUACCCCGGCAAGCUCUCCCGUGCGCCCUACCUGGGCUCCUCCACCAUCGCAAACAGUGCAGGUGCAACUAGCUUAAGGAACAGCACAAACCAUUUAAGCGCAACAAAUGGCAAGAAGCGGCCGAUAUCUCCGGAGCAGGUGCUACGGCUGUUCGGACAGGGCGGCGCGGCAGCUCUGGGCAAGGCGCUGCCGCCCUCGCAUCCGCCCGCCCCGCCACUCGCGCCGCUACCAGCGCCGCUGCCAGCCCCGCUGCCUACCCGCCGGCACUCGCCCGCCAGCAGCCCCAGUAGCACAACACAUCAUGCGAUAUAUCGAGGCGGGGAGCGGGAGCGGCCGUAUUCGUCCGGGGGCGCGGCGCCGGCGCUGGCUGAGCCCGCCACGCGCACCGUCACCAUGAGCCGGGACCCGGCAGACUCGCACGGCUUCGGCAUUUGCGUUAAGGGCGGUAAGGAAGCAGGGGUGGGUGUGUACAUAUCCCGCGUGGAGGAAGGCUCGGUGGCGGAACGCGCGGGCCUGCGCCCCGGGGACUCCAUCCUGCAGGUCAACGGCACGCCCUUCUCCGGCAUCUCCCAUGAGGAUGCCCUCAAGAUGCUGAAGUCGUGCCGUCAGCUGACGAUGACGGUGCGUACGGCGGGUGCGCUGGUGGGCCGCGCCUCAUGUUCCUGGAUGGACCGCUACGGCCGGCCCGCCUCUCCGCCGCCGCAGCGCCCUUUGCGCUCCGCCAGCAAGGACCGCUCUAUUCGCAGGGUGGACCUGUGCAUAGAACCAGGCCAGUCGCUCGGGUUGAUGAUCAGGGGCGGCCUAGAGUACAAUCUGGGCAUCUAUAUCACGGGCGUCGACAAGGACUCCGUGGCUGACAGAGCAGGCCUCAUGGUGGGGGAUCAGAUCCUGGAGGUGAACGGACAAUCGUUCGUGGAAGUGACACACGAUGAAGCUGUGGCGCAGCUUAAGUACCACAAACGCAUGUCGCUGCUAGUGCGUGACGUCGGCAAAGUGCCGCAUGCCUGCACCGCCUACGGGGAACGAGAUGCCGCACCCAGAAUAAGUGGUUGGGGCAAGCGUCGUGGUGCAGCAGCGGUGGCGGUGGAACAGAAGGCGCGUUCACUGCUGCCGGCCAGCGACCUGCCUGCGCUCGCCUACUACAUGGAGGAGUACGCAGCGCGCCGUCUCACGCCAGACGCCUUCCUCACCGUGUUGCGCGACUUGCUCGACACGCCGCAGAAGUACACUCUACUGACUGAGAUCCGGGAGUUCCUGGUGCCGGAGGACCGGCCGAGGUUCGACGAGCUCGUCUACAGGCGCGGUGAUGAAGUCACUGAACAUCAUAUAAAGCGCGGCGGUGAGCGUCACAUGCUGUCCUCCUCCACAAUGCACGAACUUCACGACCCGGAGGGGCCGGCGGAGGCACCGCUGGUCGUGGACCACCGCUCCCCCUCUGAGGACUCCGGUCUGGGCCUCCCACCACACGACCACGCAUACAGGAGCGGGCGGCCGUGGCGGGCCGACGCGCCGCCGCAUGAGGACGACCUCGACGCACCACAUGAGGAAUACGAAGAGGAGGGACGUCGGUCGCGGCGGCACUCGUCACCGUGCAACUCCAGAGAGGGCAGCACUACCGCCUUGCACACACAACACUACGAUGACACGGAUCAGUGCGGCUAUCUCGAGGGCCUGCGCUCAUCACUCGGUGGCUGGACGCAGAAAGUAAAGUCGUGGUACUGGGGACGACCUCUAGAGUUGGCCCAUAAGUUGUCGAGAAGCUUCGACAUGAAGGAAGACGGUGGCGCGGGGUCGGAGGAGCGCGCGGGCAUGCGCCGGCACCAGUCGAUGCAGCGCCUGGCGCACGGUGAGACGCAACUCGAAGAGAGCCGCGCGGCGCGCGUGGUGCCUGACCAUCACGGCAACCUGCACAUCACCGUUAAGAAGACUAAACCGAUACUCGGGAUCGCGAUAGAGGGCGGCGCCAAUACAAAACAUCCCCUGCCGAGAAUAAUCAAUAUACAUGAACACGGUGCGGCGUACGAGGCUGGGGGCCUGGAGGUGGGCCAGCUGAUCCUGGCGGUGGACGGGCGCCGGGUGGAAGGCAUGCAACAUCAGGACGUGGCCCGGCUUAUAGCGGAAUCCUUCGCCCAGAGAGAGAAACCGGAGAUCGAGUUCUUGGUCGUCGAAGCAAAGAAAUCAAACCUGGAACCAAAGCCGACAGCUCUAAUUUUUCUGGAGGCCUAACAUCUACUGUCCCUCCCCGCCAGCGACCCUCCGGCCGCGCUGGGCAGCGCGAUGCCGGGGGUCGACCUCACC